UCACGUGUUGGGUAACAGAUUCAAGCUGUCACUCCUCCUCCCCUCUGUGGGUUACAUGAUAUAACCGAAACCUCUGGACCUCCAGCAGCCCGUAAACCCUCCGUGGUUGUCAGCUGCAGAAACCGACGUCCCGCCCAUAAACGUUCCUGACACCCCUGUGGAGGUCAUAGUGGAUCUGUUGACAAAGGCUAAGGGCAUAGCUUCAGCAUGUGCCACCGUUCCAGAGGAACUGAAAAGCCACCUGCAGAAGGCUCUCGACAUUGCCAGUGGACUGGAUAACUACCUGGAGAAAAUUAUCACCAAAGAGAGCGAACCUCUGGCAGAGCUGUAUAACAGUGUCCCAAGAUGUAAAAACAGUCAUGCGUACUUAUUGGUAGGAAGACCAUGUCUCACAACUGGGACCAAGUGUUUGAGGAGGGCAAGACUAAGUUCCGGCUUCCAAAGGAGUGCAUCACUGGCCAUGUUGAGGGUCAGACCCUUCAGAUGCUGAUCCACAUGAGUCAAGCCAAGAGGGUCCUGGAGAUUGGGAUGUUCACCGGUUAUGGAGCUCUGUCCAUGGCAGAGGGGCUUCCAGAAGAUGGCUGCCUGGUGGCCUGUGAGCUAGAACCGUACCUUAAAGAGUUCUCUCAGCCCAUCUUUGAAAAGUCUCCACAUGGUAAAAAGAUAACUGUCAAGAUUGGAUCUGCCAUGGAGACCCUUAAGGAAUUAGCCGCCACCGGUGACCAAUUCGACAUGGUCUUCAUUGAUGCAGACAAGAGUAAUUAUAUCAAUUACUACAACUUUAUUAUGGACAAUAACUUGUUGACAUUGCAAGGGGUUAUAUGUGUAGAUAACUCACUCUUCAAAGCAAGGGUUUAUCUUAAAGACACUACGGAUAUCAACGGCCUGGCUCUUCGAGAUUUCAACCAGUUUAUUGCGAAUGAUCCCCGGGUAGAGCAGGUCAUCAUCCCUCUCAGAGAUGGCAUCAGUCUUAUCAGGCGUGUCUCUCUGACCUCAGCAUAUUUGCUCUCUCAGGAUGGCAUUACGGACGAUGAAGUCUUUCGAGGUGUCAAGGGGCGUUUCAUCCUGGAUCGGAUGCGUCUGGAUGGGAAGGUGGCCUAUGUGACAGGUGGCGGGCAGGGCAUUGGCCGGGGGUUUGCUCAUGCCCUGGGUGAGGCUGGUGCCAAGGUGGCUGUGGUGGACAUAGACCAGACCAAAGCUGAGGCAGUGGUUAAGGAGCUCCUCCUCAAAGGCAUCAACGCCAUUCCUAUCCCAGCUGACAUCAGCAAUUCGGACGACGUGCAGAGGAUGGUUGACACCAUUGUGUCAAAAUGGGGAGCAAUCCACAUCGCCUGCAACAACGCUGGCAUUAACAAGAACUCGGCCAGCGAAGACACCAGCUUAGAGGAGUGGGACCAGACCUUCAACGUGAAUCUAAGAGGGAUGUUUAUGUGCUGUCAGGUGGCUGGUCGAGUGAUGUUAAAGCAAGGAUACGGAAAGAUUAUUAACACAGCUUCCAUGGCCAGUAUAAUAGUGCCCCAUCCUCAGAAGCAGAUUUCCUAUAACACAUCCAAAGCUGGAGUCGUCAAACUGACCCAGACUUUGGGAACUGAAUGGAUUGACAGAGGAGUGUGUGUCAACUGCAUUUCACCGGGGAUUGUUGACACCCCUCUCAUCCACUCGGAGGAUCUAAGGCCUCUGGUGCAGCGCUGGCUGUCAGAUAUUCCUGCUGGUAGACUGGCUCAAGUGACAGAUCUGCAAGCUGCAGUGGUCUACUUGGCAUCUGAUGUCUCCGACUACAUGACAGGGCAUAACUUAGUCAUAGAGGGUGGGCAAAGUCUGUGGUAGAGGCAGUACAUUAAACUUUUUCCUCACUCUUUUAGAAUUAAACUUGAUAUUUGGAGUUUUACAAGAUGCUGCUUCUCUGUUUGUUGUCUUAAAUGAUACAACUGAACUUUUAACAGAUGAAAAUUGUUAGCAUAUUUUGUUACACUCAAAUCCUUGUAUUCUAUCUUGAUAUAUGUGAGACUGGUGUAAAAAAACAAAUAAAAAAUCUGGAAAGUGA